AUGGAUGUUGAUCCUAACAUGCCCCACGACCCGAAUCCGGACUGCGAGUUCUGGUGGGACAAUGAUGGUUCUGUGGCGUGUGAGGACAUUGCCCCAUCCUUCAAGAUCAAGUUUGAGGACUUUUUGAGUUGGAACCCGUCCAUCACAAAAGAUUGCGGCAACUUCAUCACCGGCCGGUCAUACUGUAUCGAAGGCCCGGAAGUUGUUGUUCCGACUACCUCGGGCUCACCACCACCCACUACUACUGGCCCGCCCGUCAUAGAGACACCUUCCCCUAUCCAGCCUGGCAUGGUAGAGAACUGCAACAAGUUCUACAAGGUUGAGAAAAAUGAGAUAUGCAGCACAAUUGCCCCCAAGCUUGGUCUAUCUGAGAGCGACAUAAUCAAGUGGAAUCCCGGUGUCGGAUCCGACUGCACAGGCAUCUGGGCCAAUGUUUACAUCUGCGUCGGGGUCGUCGGCGGGAACCCGUCCACGCCUACCACUACUACUUCGAUUGGUAACGGGGUGACCACGCCCUCGCCCAUUCAGCCUGGCAUGGUUGAGAACUGCAACAAGUUCUACAAGGUGCAGAAGGAUGAGUUGUGCAACACAGUAGCCUCCAAGCUCGGCAUCUCUGAGAGCGACAUCAAGAAAUGGAACCCUGGCGUUGGAUCCGACUGCACAGGCAUCUGGGCUAAUGUCUAUAUUUGUGUCGGGGUUAUCGGCGGAAGCCCACCUCCGCCUACCACUACUACUACUUCUAGUGGCAACGGAGUGACCACACCCUCACCUAUUCAGUCCGGCAUGGUUGAGAACUGCAACAAGUUCUAUAAGGUGCAGAAGGAUGAGUUGUGUAAUACUAUCGCCUCUAAGCUCGGCGUCUCCGAGAGCGACAUCAAGAAAUGGAACCCUGGCGUGGGAUCCGACUGCACCGGCAUUUGGGCCAAUGUCUACAUCUGCGUAGGCGUCAUUGGCGGAAACCCGGUCCCAACCUCUACGAAACCGCCAGGCACCAUCGUCACGCCCACGCCUACCCAGCCCGGCAUGAUUAGCAACUGCGAAAAGUUCCACCGCGUCGAAAAAGACCAGACCUGCGCCUGGAUCGCCGCCAAGUACGGCAUCGCGCCCAGCCGGCUCGAGGAGUGGCACACGUCCAUCACCAACGGCUGCGAGGGUCUCUGGGCAAACGCCUACGUCUGCGUGCGCCCGCAGGGCUACAAGCCGCCCACGAAGCUCGAGUGCUUCACCCAGGGCUGGGUAUGGGGCGACAACUACCAGGCCGCGUGGGAUUCGGUGGCGCAGUGGUGCGACGGCAAGGACACCAGCGACGGCAGCUAUGGCUACCAGCCGGGCCAGAUCAAGUACGGAUGCUUCAAUACGCCCUUCGGCCCUCACGCGAUCCGGUGGGUGGGGCGCAACGACUUUGGCAGCGGUGCCUCCCUCGAGCCCUCGACGUGCGAGGGGAUGCUCUAUCAUCUGAUCCAAAACUGCCCCAAGGGCGGCAAGUCCUGGUUCGAGGGCUGGUACAUUGAGUAA